AUGCAUUCCUGUUUUGUUUUCACCCAAGAAAUCGGGGUUGACGGACUGAACCGCAAAGAGCAAUGGACGGAGAUUUUGACGACAACCUGUCGAAACUUAUCAAAAGGACGGAACGUCGACGGCCACUACUCUACUCCAUCAGUAUUGUGGGUGGCUGCAUACGUCAACUGCAAUGUGACUUUGAAUAGCGGCCCGGCAUAUCGACCCAAGGUCGGUGAGGCGGCACUCCUGGGUUGUGAGUAUAGCAGCCAUUUACCUGCGCCAGGAUUCGAGAAUGGGGAUCUGCAUAUGAAGCUAGAAAACAAACAUGAGCAUGAUCUGACAUACCCGGCGGCAGCAACGCAAAUGGGUCGCGUCGAGAUGAGGUCCUGGGGUGUUUGGCCGGUACUGAGCUGCUGUCGAAUCUUGGACCACCAGCUCGAAGACAGGACUGGGUCUGCAGGAGAUUUUGAUGCUCGUAAUACUGGAGUCAAUGUCGCUUUCAUGUGGUUUUCAUGA